AUGGGAGGUUUCCCAAUUCUUCAAUUGCCUUCUAAACCUCUACGGGAAAUACUUCAAAUAAUGGAUUUUAAUGAAAUAGUGGGUAUUUCGUUUACUUCAACAUAUGCCAAACUUCUUGUCAAGUCGUUGAACGUGACGCUUUCCUAUAUUUUUGUAAGAAUGGGGGCUGGAAUAAGAAUUGAAAUCGUUCGUCAUGAUAGGAGACAAUCAAUUUUUAUAUUCUCUGUAGACAAGUCCAAUAGAACAGAGCAAGUAUUUGACAAUGUGAAUUUAAUUGAGCAGGGUCGCAAAACCACGUUGACAGUAAAAAAGGGCAUUGGAAAAUACUUUCGAAAAUCAAGUUGAGAACAUUUAUAGAUUACAUUCUUGAAAUAUUUCACCAAUCAAAAAUUAAUAUGUUGAUGAUUAAUGGUUCUAAUUACGAUUUCCAAUCUAUUAAAGAAGAAUUCAAGAAUUUGGAUAUGCAAGGAUUAUAUCUUACUUCAUAUUUUAUGGAAGACAUUGAGUUUCAUAAGAAAAUAGCAAAGGACUAUUCACAGCACUUCAAUGAACUGAUUCUAGAGAAUAAUUUUCUAGAAUCUCGCAAAUUUCAAACCGCGAUCAGUUCCAACUUCAAGGCUAUCCAAUUGUGGGAUAGAUUUACUGUAAAACUAGAAGACGUGAUAGUUUCAAAUAGCUAUCAAAUAUCUGUUAGUAAGCCAUUACCCCCAACAGAUAUAUGUUUAUUUCUGAAACAUUGGAUUAACGGAUCGAAUCAACAACUGGAGUUUUUCUUCACCCGACUUUCUGCCGGUGUUGAUAGAAACAAAUUCAUUUCAACUGCUCUGAAUGGUAUUGGUCAUCAAAUUGCACCUAUCAAUAGAAAGCGUGUUUUUGUGCCAUGUGUCUAUAGAUGGUACGACAAAAAUAUCGAAGUCAAAGGCGGAUUUGAUAUUCAACGGAAUGAUGGAACACAAGCAACUGUUACCUUGGCUAUCGAGGCUGGAAGAACAUGGUGUUUGAAACUAUUUGUUUGGAAAUAG